AUGGCACUCAUGGACCGGCAGAAGUCCAGCCGCAUUUGUGCAAUGCUGUGCUUCAGUGCUGGAGCAGUCUUGGAACUGAACCAGGUGAUUAUUCCCACUUAUGGAACUGUGCCAGAUCAGCCAAACCUUCAUGCUCCUGAAUGGGCUGAUUUUGAUGAUAAGCCUGACUCCUUGUUCUUCAGUGAUGGACAGCGAAGAGUUGACUUUGUUUUGGUGUAUGAAGAUGAAAGCAAAAAAAUGACCCAUAAGAGGAGUGAUCGUAGAAAGCAAAAGAGGAAGAGACAAGUGUAUGAAUCAAACCUGAUCAACAAUGGCUUGGAACUUGAAGCAACGAGAUCGGUUUUGGAUGAAAAACUUGUUUUUGUGAAAGUGCAUGCACCGUGGGAAGUGCUCUGCACAUACGCUGAGAUUAUGCACAUCAAAUUGCCCCUGCAACCCAAUGACCUGAAAACCCGAGACUCAGCUUUCAACUGGUUUAGUAGGCUCUUCAGAGUGGAUGAAAAUAUCAUCAAACCUGAGCAAGAGUUUUUCACUGCCCCUUUUCAAAAGGAACAUUUGUCCAACUUUUAUAUUCAAGACAAAGACACAUUUUUCAAUCCUGCAACUAGAAGCCGAAUUGUUCAUUUUAUCCUGUCCCGUGUGGAAUAUGCAACAAAAAACAAUGUGAGAAAGUUUGGCAUUAACAAAUUACUGGACACUGGAAUCUACAAAGCGGCAUUUCCCCUUCAUGACUCUAGUUUUAGGCACCCAUCAACUGAUCCCAACUGCCCAAGUGAACGGUAUCUUCUCUACAGAGAAUGGGCUCAUCCCAAAAACAUCUUCAAACUGCAGCCUCUGGAUUUAAUCAGGAAAUACUAUGGAGAAAAAAUUGGAAUCUACUUUGCUUGGCUGGGCUUUUACACUAAUAUGCUGAUCGUGGCUGCAGUUGUAGGAGUUGGCUGUUUUCUGUAUGGAUGCCUGACAAAGAACAGCUGCACGUGGAGCCAAGAAGUAUGUGAUCCCAACAUAGGAGGUAAUAUCAUAAUGUGCCCUCAGUGUGAUAAAGUAUGUACCUACUGGAACCUCACCAUCACUUGUGAAUCAUCCAAGAAACUCUGUAUAUUUGAUAGCUUUGGGACACUGGUGUUUGCAGUAUUUAUGGGAAUAUGGGUUACUUUGUUUUUGGAGUUUUGGAAGCGACGACAGGCUGAACUGGAGUAUGAAUGGGACACAGUUGAGUACUUAGAGCAAGAAGAACUAGUUCGUCCAGAAUACGAAGCUCGGUGCACUCAUGUAGUAAUGAAUGAAAUCACACAGCAAGAAGAGUAUGUGCCAUACACUGCCUGUGGGAAGUGCAUACGGAUUACUUUCUGUACAAGUGCAGUCUUCUUCUGGAUUCUUUUGAUUAUUGCUUCAGUUAUUGGAGUCAUUGUCUACAGGCUCUCAGUUUUCCUGGUGUUUUCUGCAACGUUGUCACAGCACAUUAGUGGAACGGAGGCGAUCCGCAAGUACUUGACUCCGCAGACAGCCACUUCAGUAACUGCUUCACUCAUCAGCUUUGUAGUCAUUAUGGUUCUCAAUAUCGUCUACGAAAAAGUGGCAAUCCUGAUUACUGACUUUGAACUUCCAAGGACACAGACUGAGUAUGAAAACAGUCUGACAACAAAGAUGUUCUUGUUCCAGUUUGUCAACUACUAUUCUUCAUGCUUCUACAUAGCCUUCUUUAAGGGUAAAUUUGUAGGUCACCCUGGCAAUCCAGUUUAUUGGCUGGGAAAGUAUCGCAAUGAAGAGUGUGAUCCAGGUGGAUGUCUCCUUGAACUCACAACUCAGCUUGCCAUCAUAGUAGGAGGUAAAGCAAUCUGGAACAACAUUCAAGAAGUGCUUCUUCCUUGGGUCAAGAAUCUAAUUGGAAGAUACUGUGCAGCUGCUAGAUCAGAAAAGGUUGUUCCACGCUGGGAACAGGACUACCACCUGCAGCCCAUUGGAAAACUCGGACUCUUCUAUGAGUAUCUUGAAAUGGUUAUACAGUUUGGCUUUGUCACACUGUUUGUGGCAUCGUUCCCCCUGGGUCCUCUUCUGGCUCUCAUUAACAACAUGUUGGAAAUCCGUCUGGAUGCGUGGAAGCUGACAACCCAGUUCAGGCGCAUGGUCCCACAAAAGGCGCAAGACAUAGGUGCCUGGCAGCCCAUCAUGCAAGGCAUAGCCAUUCUGGCAGUGGCCACCAAUGCUAUGAUCAUUGCUUUUACAUCUGACAUGAUUCCUCGUCUGGUUUAUUACUGGUCCUUUUCGGUCCCUCCUUAUGGGAGUCACAGCAGUCACACUAUGAAAGGGUAUAUAAACAGUACACUUUCUGUCUUCAAUAUAUCAGACUUCAAGAAUGCAAGCAUGCCAUUUCCCUCUUGGUUUGGGAACCAAACAACAUGCAGAUACCGGGAUUUCCGCUACCCUCCUGGGCACCAGCACCAGUAUGAGCAUAACAUAUACUACUGGCACGUCAUUGCAGCCAAGCUGGCUUUUGUCAUUGUCAUGGAGCAUGUCAUAUACUUUGUGAAGUUUAUUAUUUCAUAUGUCAUUCCGGAUGUAUCACAAAAGACCAAGAGCAAGGUCAAACGAGAGAAGUAUCUAACACAGAAACUCUUGCAUGAGAAUGAUCUCAAAGUUGUGAAAAAAACUAUGGGGAAAAUAGCUGACAAAAUUAUCAAAGGAGUAGACAGCACCUUCCGACCUAAAGCUGAAUAA